AUGGCGUUAGAUUACGACAAUCAUUUAUUAGAUGUUGAUGUUGAUGAUGAUUAUUUUACAACAGAGUCUUUAUUCGAUGGAAUUAAAAACUAUAAUAAAUUAUCACUAAAACGUCCAAAACCAACAUUAAUAUGUGUUGUUUGUGGUGAUAAUGCAUUUGGGUAUAAUUUUGAUGCUGUUUCCUGUGAAUCAUGUAAAGCAUUCUUUCGCCGCAAUGCACUACGACCACCGGGUAAACUCAAAUGUCGUGGUAAUGGUCAUUGUGAAGUGACAGUUGAAAAACGAAAACGAUGCAAAAAGUGUCGAUUAGAUAAAUGUCUCAGCAUGGGAAUGCGUAAAGAAUGGAUUCUUUCUGAAGAAGAAAAACGAAGAAAACGAAGUAAAAUCCAAGAAAAUCGUCGUCGAAAACAAACAAAUGAGAAUGGUCCAGUGCGUCGACGACGAAGCAAUAAAUCUGUCAAAACUGAAGAUGUUUCAUCAGGUGAUACAUUUAAUCCUCCAAAAACGGAUAAUGAUGAUAAUCCACCAAUGACCGAUUCGGAUUGGGUAAAAAUCCAUCAAGUUCAAUUUGCAUAUAGUCAAUCAAUUACUCUUAAUAAAGUAAUUGGUGUGGCCCCAUAUCCUGCAACUCAACACAUAAAUUCAACACUUGAACUUAUUCGAAUUCCAACUUAUUUAUCAUCUAUACGUCUUAUAACAUAUAUGAAAAAUAUUCCAGAAUUUGAUUUAUUAGAUUCAGAAGAUCGUGUAGUACUUGUCAAAUAUAAUUUAUUAGCAGUGGUUUUUAUGCAUAUUGUAUUAAUAUACGACCCAAUUGCAGAUACUUAUCAUGAGCAUAAUACAGAAGAUCCUAUUUUUCAAGGUAAAGACUGGGUGAAGAUACUUGGAGAAGAAUUUUAUAAUGAAUUAACUGAUGUAGCAAAGAAAUUAAUUGAAAUAUGUCAAUACGAUCGAGUUAUUAUUAAAAUAUUUUUACUACUUAUUCUAUCUACCAAAGGUUUUUGUGGUUAUGAUAUUGUUCAUGAACCAACAUUGAAAAAUCAUUCAACUGUAUUUGAUGUGCAAAAUGGUUAUGUAGAAGCACUUUAUAAAUAUUGUUUACAUCAAUAUGGUUUUACAAAAACAGUGAAUUUAUUUACACAUUCGCUUAAUUCGUUACUUUCGAUUCAGCGUUUAGCUGUUCAUUUAAAAGAUAUUGUACAUGAUCAUAUUGAUCCAUCAGAACUAUCACCUUUGAUGCAAAGCGUUUUACAAUUAACGGAUCCAAAAGUAUCCACAUAA